ACACUGUCCUUUGGCUACCGGACAUCAUGCCUCCCAAGAAGGAUGUUCCUGUGAAGAAACCGGUGGGCUCCUCUCCCUCGAAGCCUGCUGCCAAGCCAGCAGCAGGGGUCCCUCCAGCCAAGGCCAAGUCCGAGUCCGCUGCCUCUCCAGCCCCUGAGAAGCCCCGGGAGCCGCCCAUCGAUCUCUCCAAAGUAGUGAUCGAGUUUAACAAGGACCAGCUGGAGGAGUUCAAGGAGGCCUUCCAGCUGUUUGACCGAACCGGUGAUGGCAAGAUCCUGUACAGCCAGUGUGGGGAUGUGAUGAGGGCCCUGGGCCAGAACCCCACCAACGCCGAGGUGCUCAAGGUCCUGGGGAACCCCAAGAGUGAUGAGAUGAAUGUGAAGGUGCUGGACUUUGAGCACUUCCUGCCCAUGCUGCAGACUGUGGCCAAGAACAAAGACCAGGGCACCUACGAGGACUACGUUGAGGGCCUUAGGGUGUUUGACAAGGAAGGGAACGGCACCGUCAUGGGGGCUGAGAUCCGGCAUGUCCUUGUCACAUUGGGCGAGAAGAUGACGGAGGAAGAAGUAGAGAUGCUGGUGGCCGGGCACGAGGACAGCAAUGGCUGCAUCAACUAUGAAGCGUUUGUGAGGCAUAUCCUGUCGGGGUGACGGGCCGUGGGGCGGAGCUUGUCCGCAUGGUGCUGAACGGCUGAGGGCAGCCCUUCCCGUGUCCCCAGAGCCCUGUGCCUUUUCCCGUGUGAGACUGACUGUGUGCAGUCCCAAGGCCUCCUCACUGUCACAGCACCUCGCCCUCUUGUCUCUUGGAUGAUGUUUGCAGCAGCAGUCACCAAAUAAACUUGCUCUCUGUGCUCA